CUCUCUUUCUGAUGCAAACUGCCCUUGCUUAAAUUGGGGUAUUCCUGAGAAGGAAGAUUUCAAAUUCUGAGCCAGAUGUGCCACAAGGAAACAAAUACAGGAGUGGGGAGCCUGAUGAUGGUGACGAUGAUGAUGAUUGAAAGCACCACGGGAUGGAACUGAUAAAAGGCAAGGUAAUGACUUGGGAGAGGCUGUGAAGGCAGACGCCUGCUUCCACACCACACAGACGGCCGAACAGGAAUCCAAAGGGCUGUGUGCACCGACACAAGGAUUCCCUGGAGUGCCGCACACCCCUUCUCUUCCAGCAGAGCACCCGGUUACCCAUUUAUAAAUGGAUGUGAUUCUCCAUCCCAACUCCAGAGGCUGCUACUAAUUAUCUGCCUCCUGACCAAAUCCCUGAUACCAAAAUGACUGAACGCUUUGACUGCCAUUAUUGUAAGGAGACGCUGUUUGGCAAGAAAUACAUUUUGAGGGAGGACAGCCCCUACUGUAUCAAGUGCUACGAGAGCUUGUACUCCAACACCUGCGAAGAAUGUAAGACGCCAAUCGGCUGUGAUUGUAAGGACCUGUCCUACAAGGAUCGUCAUUGGCAUGAAAACUGUUUUCACUGCUUCCAGUGCAAGAACUCACUGGUGGACAAACCGUUUGCUGCAAAGGAAGAGCACCUUCUUUGUACUGAAUGUUACUCCAAUGAAUACUCCUCCAAGUGCAGUGAAUGCAAAAAGACCAUCAUGCCAGGGACACGGAAAAUGGGAUAUAAGGGAAGCAGCUGGCAUGAGACCUGUUUUAUCUGCCAUCGGUGCCAACAGCCCAUUGGAACAAAGAGUUUCAUUCCCAAGGACAAUCAGAAUUUUUGUGUGCCCUGCUAUGAGAAGCAGUUUGCUAUGCAGUGUGUACAGUGCAAGAAGCCAAUCACGACUGGAGGAAUCACUUACCGAGAACAGCCAUGGCACAAGGAGUGCUUUGUGUGUACUGGAUGCAAAAAACAGCUAUCUGGACAACGCUUCACUUCCCGAGAUGAGUUUGCUUAUUGUCUGAACUGCUUUUGCAGCCUCUAUGCCAAGAAGUGUGCAGGAUGCACUAAUCCAAUAAGUGGGCUUGGUGGUACCAAAUAUAUUUCUUUUGAGGAACGGCAAUGGCACAAUGAUUGUUUCAACUGCAAGAAGUGUUCCCUAUCGCUGGUGGGCCGUGGCUUUCUCACAGAAAGAGAUGACAUCCUGUGUCCCGAGUGUGGGAAAGACAUCUAAAAGAUGAAAAGCAAUUUUGGGAAAAAGCUGUACUUACAUGUAUUGUCUAAUAUACAUAACGAUGUGCAUGAGUUUUGACCAAAAGUGCAGAAAGUUAAUGUUUUUUUUCUCAGCAAUACAUAUUAAUCGGUUAACACCAGCUCUCUGGGUGCUAGGCCUGAACACAAUGUACAGUACUAAUAUAUACAAAGGAAACAGAGCCAUGAUUGGUGGUCUUGUAUGUUAGAGCCCAUCCUUCAGACCAUAACCUCCCUUUAUAGAGCAGAUUUGAGGAGAGCAUCUACUCAAGUUUGCCAAGUUAGGUGGUAGCACCUAGUCAACAUUGGCUGAUCUUGAAAAGGUAAACAGGGUCAGACCGGUUUAAUAUUUGGAUAGGAAACCACCAGGAAAUCCCAAGGCUAUAGUUUGACUGAGAAAUUAAAAAAAAAAAAUCUUGAAAGAAGGCCACAGCAUUGCUGACAAGAAAAGUCCAUGUCCAUGAAGUCAUCAAGGAGUUGAGCUCAUUUGAAGACUUUAUUUUUUACUCAUAUUUACUUGAAAGCAAGUAAAAAUAUCACUGGAAUGAAUCCCUGAUAAAUCAGGUUUUCAGACUGUGCAGAGAGAUCUUACUGAGCUCAUCUGGUAGAUCAGAAACAAAGACAUUUGGUCUGGAUGAUGGAGGCUAGUUAACAGGGAGACCUAUAUCCGAACACUUGUGUAGGCAUUACACCUAAGGAGUUUUUUCUUUUUCUUUUUUAGAUUGUAGAAAUGUAUUGAAGUAAAGUAGAUAUAAUGGAGAGAAGGUAAUUUUUUAUAUCAAUUGUCAAACAAUACUUCUCAUUUAUGAAUCCAUAACAGUCAAAUAGAAAAUUUGAGUGAUUCAGAUACUAUCAGUAUAAUUUUUUCUUUGGCAGAUAGAUAAAUCAGGACUUUCGAAAGACUUACAAUUGCCAGUUUAGUGUAUUGACGGAGGAAGAGUCAAUAUUUAAAUGUCCCCGUUUGCAAAUGUAUAGAUGAUAAUAUGUAGGCUAAUUUAGGUACAGAUCAGUAAUACAAUGUUUGUGCCAUGCCUUAAAAGGAAAGAUUAAAGAAAUUGAUUUUCUGCAUCAUCGAUUUGGAACUAUUCCCUCUGAAGCCAAUGGAGCUUGUUUCCAAAUAAAUCCACAAGUUUAGGUGGAUGCAAAUAUACAACACAUUAUUGCAUGAUAUUGCAAGAUCAUUGCACAAAAUACAUUUUUGAUUCCUAAGAGAUGUUUUGAAAUUUCAUUGCACCUUAGAGUUUGCAAAGUAAUAAAUGUCUUUCUAGCCAAGUCUGUUGUAUUUUUGUGAAUUCUGACUUUUAAUAAAUGUUAACCAUUAAGGUAAA